GUGUGUAUAAUAGCAGCAAAGGCAGCUCCGGGAGUCUAAGGAGGAGCUGCUGCAAGGUCGACAACAGCAUCCUGCUAUUAACAACAGGAGGGGGACGGAAUUUAGUCCAGAAGCCGAGCGAGUUAAAGUAGUAUCGAGGUUUUUUUUGGAUUUUCAGCCGCGGAAGAAGGAGGAGGAGAGUGGCCAAAAGUUUCCCGGCUGUACCCUCAUGUUCAGAGGCAGCUAACGAGCUACUAGCGCUCGCUGCUUUGCGCGUGCUCCUCCGCUCGAGAGAGGAACUGUUGACCGUUUGUCAGUUGGGUGACGGUUCAAAUAUUCCUCCACUAAGUUUGUGGGCCAGAGCGUGUUUUUAAAACCCCACACUGUGUUCCCGUUGUGUGUGCCAUGUCAGCUCCAUCCCCAACACCCCCUGCCUCGGCAGAAUGUGAUUUUUUAGCACCGGACGCGGGGGGGCCGAGGCCGCUCGGUCCGACGCCCAGUCAGAGCCGUUUCCAGGUGGACAUUGUGACCGAGGCAGCUGGAGCUUCGGGGGAUAAGUCUCCGAUCUCCGACGCCUCAACCGCUGUCCCACCCGGCGACAAGGCCACAGACGGUUCCGGUGCUGACCCGGGUGGAGAGGAAGCAAAAGGCCGGUUUCGGGUGGUGAACUUCGCGGAUCCGAGUGCGGCGGGAAGCCCGGCCUCUCCGGAACCGGCUGACGGGCUCCAAAACGGGGACACGGUGAUGAGCGAGAGCAGUUUGCAUUCAUCCACAGGGGGCCAGCAUCACUAUCACUAUGACACCCACACCAACACCUACUACCUGAGGACUUUUGGGCACAAUACCAUCGAUGCCGUGCCCAACAUCGAUUUUUACCGGCAGACAGCAGCGCCUCUUGGGGAGAAGCUGAUCAGACCCACCCUGUCGGAGCUUCACGAUGAACUGGACAAGGAGCCGUUUGAGGAUGGGUUUGCUAACGGAGAUGAGCUCAGCCCGGCCGAAGAGGCUGCGGCUAAAGAAGCAGCCGAGUCCAAAGGAGUGGUCAAGUUUGGCUGGGUCAAGGGAGUGCUGGUGCGCUGCAUGUUGAACAUUUGGGGUGUGAUGCUCUUCAUCCGCAUGUCAUGGAUCGUGGGUCAGGCUGGAAUCGGUCUCUCCUGUUUGAUCGUGGGCAUGGCUACCGUGGUGACAACCAUCACCGGACUCUCGACCUCCGCCAUCGCCACCAACGGAUUCGUAAGAGGAGGUGGAGCGUAUUACUUGAUAUCGAGGAGUCUGGGUCCGGAGUUUGGAGGAUCCAUCGGUCUGAUCUUUGCCUUUGCCAACGCAGUGGCUGUAGCCAUGUACGUGGUGGGCUUCGCUGAAACCGUUGUGGAGCUUCUUGCCGGUGUAGAUGCCAUCAUGACUGAUGAAAUCAACGAUGUCCGCAUCAUCGGCACCAUCACAGUGAUCCUUCUGCUGGGCAUCUCUGUGGCGGGCAUGGAAUGGGAGGCCAAGGCCCAGAUAUUCUUACUCAUUGUCCUCAUCGCAGCCAUCAUCAACUACUUCAUCGGAACCUUCAUCCCCAUCAAGUCCAAGGAAGCUUUUGGCUACUUUGGCUACGACAGUGCAAUCAUGUGGGAGAACAUGGGUCCGGAUUUCCGAGACGAGACGUUCUUCUCCAUGUUUGCCAUCUUCUUCCCUGCAGCCACUGGUAUUCUGGCCGGGGCCAACAUUUCAGGAGACCUCGCUGACCCACAGCUGGCCAUCCCCAGAGGAACCCUUCUGGCCAUCGUGAUCACAGGAAUAGUGUACCUGGGAGUUGCUAUUUCAACAGGCUCCUGUAUUGUGAGAGACGCCAGUGGGAAUGCUAAUGACACACUCAGUUCUGAGUUCAUAACCAACUGCACAGACGCUGCCUGCAAAUUCGGCUUUGAUUUCUCUUCGUGUAAGAACGAUGCUGCCGGCUGCAAAUUUGGACUCAUAAAUGACUUCCAGGUGAUGAGCAUGGUUUCUGGUUUCGGGCCCAUCAUCUCUGCUGGAAUCUUCUCGGCCACUCUGUCCUCCGCUCUGGCCUCGUUAGUCAGCGCUCCCAAAGUUUUCCAGGCUUUGUGUAAGGACAACAUUUACCCCGGCCUGGGCAUGUUCGCCAAAGGCUACGGCAAGAACAAACGAGCCCCUGAAGGAUACAUCCUGACCUUCAUCAUCGCUCUGGCCUUCAUCCUCAUCGCUCAGUUGAACAUUAUUGCCCCCAUCAUCUCCAACUUUUUCUUGGCUUCCUACGCCUUGAUCAACUUCUCCGUGUUCCACGCUUCACUGGCUAACUCCCCAGGAUGGCGUCCCAGCUUCAAAUACUACAACAUGUGGGUGUCUCUGGCCGGAGCGGUCCUGUGCUGCGUGGUGAUGUUCGUCAUCAACUGGUGGGCGGCUCUGCUCAACGUCAUCGUGCUGGGGCUGUUCAUCUACGUCAGCUACAAGAAGCCAGAUGUGAACUGGGGCUCCUCCACCCAGGCGCUGACCUACCACCAGGCCCUCACACACACUCUGCACCUCAGCGGAGUGGAGGACCACGUCAAGAACUUCAGACCCCAGUGUUUGGUGAUGACGGGAUACCCCAACUCUCGCCCUGCUCUCCUGGAUCUGGUCUACAGCUUCACCAAGAACGUGGGCCUGAUGAUCUGCGGUCACAUCCGCACGGGCUACAGGAGGCCAAACUUCAAAGACCUGGCUAACGAUCAGGCGCGGUACCAGCGCUGGCUCCUGAAGAACGAGACCAAGGCCUUCUACACACCGGUGUUUGCAGAGGACAUGAGGCAGGGCGCUCAAUACCUGCUGCAGGCUGCUGGUCUGGGCCGCCUGAAGCCCAACAUGCUGGUGAUGGGCUUCAAGAACGACUGGAGGGACGGAGACAUGAUGAACGUGGAGACCUACAUCAGCAUGAUCCAUGAUGCCUUUGACUUCCAGUUUGGUGCUGUUAUUCUGCGCCUGAAGGAGGGGCUCGAUGUGUCUCAUAUCCAAGGACAAGAUGAGCUGCUGUCCUCCCAGGAGAAGUCGGGGAUGAAAGAUGUGAUCGUGUCCAUCGACACCAGCAAAGACUCUGACGCUGACUCAUCCAAACCCUCCUCCAAAGCCACCAGCCUGCAGAACAGCCCCGCCCCGCAGAAAGAUGAAGAGGACGAUGGCAAAGCUCCAACUCGGCCCCUGUUGAAAAAAGACAAGAGGAGCCCCACCAUGCCGCUGAACGUGUCCGACCAGAGGCUCCUAGCGGCCAGUCAGCAGUUCCAGCAGAAGCAGGGGAAAGGCACCGUGGACGUGUGGUGGCUGUUUGACGAUGGAGGUCUGACCCUGCUCAUCCCCUACCUGCUGACCAACAAGAAGAGGUGGAAGGACUGCAAGAUCCGCGUCUUCAUCGGAGGAAAGAUCAACAGGAUCGACCACGACCGCCGAGCGAUGGCCACUCUGCUGAGCAAGUUCAGGAUAGACUUCUCCGAUAUCACCGUGCUGGGAGACAUCAACACCAAGCCCAAGAAGGAGCAUGUUACGGCGUUUGAGGAGUUAGUCGAGCCGUAUCGGCUGAAGGAGGACGACAUGGAGCAGGAGGCGGCGGAGAGGCUGAAGGACAGCGAGCCCUGGAGGAUCACAGACAACGAGCUGGAGCUGUACCGCGCCAAGACCAACCGUCAGAUCAGACUCAACGAGCUGCUGCAGGAGCACUCGAGCACAGCCAACCUCAUCGUCAUGAGCAUGCCAUUGGCUAGGAAAGGUGCCGUUUCCUCCGCUCUGUACAUGGCCUGGCUGGAGGUGCUGUCCAAAGAUCUGCCUCCCAUCCUGCUGGUGCGCGGAAACCACCAGAGCGUCCUCACCUUCUACUCUUAAACACACACACACACACACACACACACACACACACACACACACACACACACACACACACACACACACACAC